CGCCUCUUUACAUCGUGGAGCAUUCACGGAAGAUACGGCUCCUCUGAUUGGCGGACGUCGCUGUCGUCACCCGGAAGUUGACGGAGUGUUGUCAGUAGAAACCGGAAGUUGGCCGAGCUGCUGUAAUUUAAAAGGGGCCAUGGGCAACACGGAGAGCGUGGUGGUCCAGAAGAGGAUGGCCCGCUUCCGCCCUGAAGAGCGGCCUGUGGUGGAGGGGGUGUUCAACCGGCUCCAGGGGGGGGCGGGGGGCCCGGCAGGAGCCCCUGAGAAAACGCCAGCAGGGAAGACUCUCACACUUGAGAUGCUGCAGUCCUCGAUGGGCAGCCUGGCACCAGACUCCAUGAUUAAGAGAGUCUACCAGUGCUUGUGUGGCAUCGACCCAGGUCUGGCAUCGCCUGCAGCCUCUGGGAAGACGAGCUCCUCCGCUGCGUCUGGAGUCGGCCGUGAGCAGAUGGUCAUGUUCCUGGCUGACACCCUGCGGGGAACGGCGGAGGAACGGGCUCCUCUGGUCAUGGCCAUGUCCCGGCCUGGAGCAGAGGCAGCCGUCACACGUGAGCAGGUCGCAGAGUUCUUGCAGGACCUAAUCUCUGCUGUAGUUCAGAUUCUGGUCCACAGAGGGCGCCUGCAGGGCUGGAAGCCGGAGAGAAUGGGUGACGUCUCCCGGGGGGUCGAGCUCCUGGCAGAGCAGAUGUGUUCUGAACUCAAACCUGCAGAGGAAGGAGGUUGUGAUGUUUCCUGUCUGGAGGACUGGAUCUUCAGGGUCUCCCAGGUCUCCUUGUACCUGGAGCUGCUGGUAGCUGAAGGACUGAACGUGUCUCUGAGUGGACGGCCGGCCCCCACCCUCCUCCCCCCCUGCAGGGACACACCCUGGAAAGAUCUCAAGUGUCUCCUGGACCUUCCCACCAUCAUGUUUCUGGCCCCACAGUUGCCAGACAGCUACAGCGCCCCCUGGAGGCUUGUGUUUUCCACACAGCUGCACGGGGAGAGCUUCACCAGGAUGGUGAGCGGCCUGACGAAGCACGGCCCGACGCUGCUGCUGGUCAGAGACUCCAAGGGCCACGCGUUCGGGGGCUUCGCCUCCCACAGCUGGGACGUCAAGCCCCAGUUCCAGGGUGACUCCAGAUGCUUCCUGUUCACUGUGCUCCCCCGACUCAGAGUCUACACAGCAACAGGAUACAACCAGCACUUCAUGUACCUCAACCAGAAUCAGCAGACCAUGCCCAACGGACUGGGUAUGGGGGGGCAGCAUGGCUACUUCGGCCUGUGGCUGGAGAGGGACUUUGGCCGCGGUCACAGCCGGGCCCGACCCCGGUGCACCACGUACGGCAGCCCGCAGCUCUCCGGGGAGGAGGACUUCACCGUGGACUCAGUGGAGGUGUGGGCGGUCGGAAAACCCCCGGAACCCGAGGAGGACGAGGAGGUGGACGGAAAGAAGAAGAAGAGCGUCCUGGACGUGGACCCAGAGCUCCAGGCCAUGAUGGAGAUGUCGGGGAAGACGCUGCACAGUCAGGGCCUCAGGGAGCCGGAGGAGGACGACGAGCACUGAGGGCCAACGGGCCCCUGGUUCACCUGGGGAUUCGAUCAUUUUACAGAACUGUGUCACAUCCCAUCAGACUUAAAGACAAGAUGGUGCUGGCUCCACAAGACACUCUCACAAUGUAAACCAGGCUAAGCUAUGCUAAGCUAAGCUAAGUCCGAUCUGACGACUGAAAGGCUCCAGUGUGCAGGCGCCAAGCGGAUCAUCAGCGUGGACGUGUUUGAUUUCCACCUGCACUGUUAGAUAGAAGAAGACUGAAGAUUUCUCUUUAUAUAUAAUCUAUCUGUCAGAAAAGUGGGAGGGGCCUCAGUCAACCAGGAAGCACAGAAUCAAGAUCAUCACCUGAAGAUCGAAAUAAAAGAGUGAGAUUAUGGAUUAAACAUGUACAGGAUUUCUCCCUCUGUUUGUGUGAGUGUGAGUGUGAGUGUGAGUGUGUGCGUGUGCGUGUCCGUGUGUGUGUGCACUCCGUUGAUACCAAUAGAAUAAUAUAAACAGUUUCAGAGAUAUGUGUUUACUGUAUUAUACAUCUAUCACUACUGAUUGAAUAUUAUGGGUUGAGAAAGUACUUGAACAAAUUGAUCGUUAAUCGAUUAUAAAGAUUUAACAUAUUUAUGAUGUGUACUGUAGUUGUGCAUAUAUAUAAGUAUAUGAAAUAUAUAUAUAUACAUACAUUUGUAUAUGUACACACAUACACACAUACGUAAAUAGUGGAAGUAAUGGUGUGUAGUUCUGGUGUUGUGAUAUGAAACUGCAAUAUUAUAACAUUAUACUGGUGUUAAUAUAUGUGUGUGUGUGUGUGUGUGUGUGUCCGUGUCAACUUGUGUAGUUGUUUUAAUUAAAGUCUGGAGCUUCUUCCAAUUCA